AUGGCACACCGGCACAGGAAUAUUCAGGCUUCAGCUUCUCAUCGCCUCACAUUCCCAUGGAACCGAGCGCAUUCAGCAGCAUAUGCUGAGGAGCAUCCAACCAGCAAGCAGACCGAGAUUGGAGCAAUUUUCGGUGUAGAGCGAAGCACGGUGUCCAAAGUGUUGCGACAGAAGGAGAAAUAUCUCUUCCAAGAUGAUGGAAGUCGUUCACCAGCCAAGCGGCCGAAAGGUCGCUCUCCGGACAUCGAGCGUACGCUUGCAGUCUGGGCGAAGAAUCAGGAGAAGAAGGGCAAUCCGCUCACGGACGAACUGAUCAAGCAACAAGCGCGUGCAUUCAUGGCGACAACAACGAAUCCAGACGACUCCGUUGUGCUGAGUUCUAGUUGGAUUGAGAAAUUCAAGCUGAAGAACAAUCUCAUGGGCGCGCGAUCGCGAAAAGCGUCGCUCGCAACGGACGAUUUAGAAGCAGGCUCAGGCGUGCAGUCGUCUUCACAUUCACCAUCUGGUGGACUGGGCUCACCAUCGCCCGUCGAGCUGCGCAGCGUUCAAAGCAACGACAGCUUGAAGAACGAGAGCCCUGAUGACUACAUCGGUUUCGGUGCCAGACAUGGACCGUUUCACUCUCAAAGCGCAAACUCCCUCCACAGCGCUUUCACGGAUACUGCGCCUUCGUCGUUCUCGCCGGCGCCGCUGAGUCCAACGUCUCCAUUCUUCACACCCGAUUCCGGUACCGCGCCCUCAUCGUUCGUGCCGCAAUUGGCCUCGCGACCGCUACAGCCAAACGCGAGCAACUCAAACUCACAUCGCUCGCGGAGCCAGACAUUUCCACAAGUCGACCAAUACAUGACCUCGGGCGAAGCUGUGGCUUCGAAAUAUGGGGAUGAUGAUGUCCUUGACUCGCCGAUGGAGGAGGCCCCCAUGCCGCCCAAUUCGUUGAACGAAACGAUGGGCCGUACUAUGAGCUCGAAGAAAUCUCGCGACGAACGAGUGAGCACUGUCAGCCCUUCCGAAACUAUGCGGCCACCGCCUCUGCCCGCUCACCGGCAAAGUUCCGACUCCGUGAAGCGCGAGUCGAAUCCACCUACGAACAACAACAACAUUACAACAACGACGACCCCAGAAGAAGCUCGUCGGGCGCUAGAAGUCGUCCUCAGCUUCUUCAAACAGCAACCUAACGGGUUCCUGGACUUCAACGAGAGUGUGACGAUUGGGAAGCUGAUGGAGAAACUCAAACUCCACAACCCUUCGGGAAGCAACGCCUGA